CGCGUGCAGAUCAGACUGGGACCGUCUCUCUUCUGAACCCGUUACAACCAAUAGGUGACGCUAGUGGAAAACUGUUCUCUUGUCAUAGCAACAAGCGAAGAACUUUUUGCGCAUACGGCGUAGUAAAGAUAUAUUGCUUGUUUGAUUAUAAGCUAUUCAAGCCAAGGGACCAUACUUUUGUAAUGUCGGAGGUUGAAGACACACUGAAGCGCAUCCAGACCCACAAGGGAGUGGUUGGAAUCAUUAUAGUGAAUGGUGAAGGUAUCCCUAUAAGGACGACAUUAGAUAAUUCCACCACUGUCCAGUAUGCAGGACUCAUACACCAGCUGGCGGCAAAGGCAAGGAGUACAGUCAGGGAUCUUGACCCUCAGAAUGAUCUAACUUUUUUGAGAAUAAGGUCCAAGAAACACGAGAUCAUGGUUGCACCAGACAAAGAAUAUUUGCUUAUUGUGAUACAGAAUCCGAGUGAGUAGCAGGCGUCAUUGCAAACCUGGCCUUUCUCAGUUGCUAACCAAUUUAGCACAAACCAAACUGGUGAAACUAAGUAAUGUAUGUGUGUGUGGUUAAAAUAUCUAAAGCAUAUAAUUUAUAUCUCAUGCCUUUUACUAUAUGUAUUAAUCUGUAUAGCAAAACAACGAUUUCUUGUCUUUUUAUGACUAUAGUAAGUAAGUCACUGAGCUGGUUAUCAGAUCCUUAUCAACUGCUGACAUUAUAAAUAAAAAAAGUAAUAUAAUGCAUGAAAGAAUGGUGUCUAGACAGUCAUAUGUACAGCUUUUAAAAACGUAACCAGUAACAAUUUGAAACACUAGUUUAAUUCUACCAUUUCUUCUGCGGUAAACAGCAUGGUGAGCACAGGCAUUAUCCAAUGAAUGCGUAUAUUUGCAAGCAGUUUAAAAGUUUUCAUGAUUUAUAAAUUUGUGAGAAUUUUGCUUAAAUUUUAAUAUUUCUUUAUAGUUGGAUACAUGUACUAUCAAAUGUAAAGAACAAAAUACAGCUGUUUAAUGUUAUUAUUACUAUAAACUGUUAUCUUACACACUUGUAUGCAUAUGACACAUUCUAUGAAGCAAGUACAUUGUGUUUAAAGUUUGUGAGUACUGCUGGAAUAGUAAUAAUAAUAAUAAUGUAAUUCCUUCCAACAACUACAACGAGGUCAACAAACAAACAAAAUCAAUAUAGUUGAACAUAUAAAGAGCAGAAAGGGGAGACCAGAAACUCCAGUAAUAUUGAUAAAUAACAUACCGUGACAACUCCCUUCAUUCAGUAAUACUAUGAACUAUCAGGACUAAUGGUGACUAACUACUAAAAAUACGGUGAAACAUCAAACAACUACCUACAAAGCAGCGGUGCAGCAGCUGCUUAAUAUUAUAACUACACUAAACAUCUCUCAUUUCUGUGAAUUCUAAUAGAAGCAGGACCCUAAAAUAUG